AUGAAAGCCUAUCUAAAAAGCACAGAUGGCUUUUUUGUCCUGAAUAAAAGUACUACGAUUGGCCGACACAAAGACUCAGACCUUGUUUUAGAGUCUGCUGACAUCGACAACCAUCACGCGCUCAUUGAAUAUAAUGAGGCGGAGGGCAGCUUUGUUCUCCAGGACUUCAAUUCCCGCAACGGCACCUUCGUCAACGAGUGCCACAUUCAGAAUGUGGCUGUGAAGCUGUUACCUGGAGACGUCCUAAGGUUUGGUUCUGGAGGGCUGGCUUAUGAACUGGUCAUGGAAAACCCAUCUUCGGCCUUCUUCCCAUGGAUGCAUGGCCCGACUCUCUGGUCAAGGUCACAGCCGCCUCGGGCCACUCAGCAGCCAAAGAAGUCUCCCUCACCACCGCAGACGCCCUUCCAUCAGGGCGCCCGGCCAGCCCCCAUGCAGAGGAGCUGGUCCCAGGGGUUCCCCAGGCCCAGCAUGGUCCCACCUGCCCCCAGACAGCGGCCUGUGAGCACCGGAGGGAAGAUGUUCUCCUUCAUGAUGGACAGCUCCCAGGGGGCUCCCUUCAUCAAGCAAGUGUGGGCCAGUGCCAUGGACCUGUCGGAAGCAUCAGUGACUGAGGAAAUUCCUGGAGCAGGAAUUCCCAGGGAGAUUUAUAUGGAACAGGACCUGAGCCAGCAUGAAAAGGACGAAAUAAUUCUGUUGCUGGGGAAAGAAGUCAGCCGGCUCUCAGAUUUUGAACUUGAAUCCAAGUACAAAGACGCCAUGAUAGCGAAUCUGCAGAACGAAUUGGCCGACCUGAGUCAAAAGCUGUCGGAGUCAGUCACCUCCAGACAAGAGAGGGUGGUCUCACAGGUGGUUCUGGAUGAAGACAUCAGUGCCAAACAGAAAGAGAUCCAGAGCCUGAAAAACCAGGUCAGCGCCCUCCAGAAAGGCUACAGCCAAGUGCUGUGCCAGACCUUGUCGGAGAGGAACUCAGAAAUCACAACCCUGAAGAAAGAGGGCGAGAGCCUAAGGCGCGACAAGGCCCUCUCCGCAGGGCUAGUGUCUUCUUUGCAAAAAGACUUGUUAGCUAAGGAUGAGCAAGUCCAACAGCUAAAGCAGGAGGUGAAUCAGCUAAAAAAUGAGAACAAAGAGAAGAAUCACCAGCUGGACGCCCUUAGCUCCAGAUGCUCGGUGCUGAAGGAAGAGUUAAAAAGAGAAGAAAGUCAGAAAGAGCACCGGGAAAGCCAGCAGAAAGAGUUAAAACUCUAUAAAACUCAAAUCCACGACAUGGAGAAAGAAAUGAAAAAGCUCAAGGAUGAGCUGAAGAAGAGUUCGACCGAACAGAAUAUGAUCUCUAAGACACUUCGAGAAAAGAGCAAGGUUGAAGAGAAGCUUCAGGAGGAUUCCAGAAGGAAAUUGCUUCAGCUCCAAGAAAUGGGGAACAGAGAGAACCUCAUUAGAGUCAAUUUGGAAAGGGCAGUAGGUCAGCUGGAACACUUCAGGAGCCAGGUCAUCAAGGCCACCUACGGACGCAUGAAGCCUCCGUCCCAGGACAAGCCCAUCACCGACCAGCAGCUAAUCGAAAAGAUCAUGCAGGUGACGGAGGACAACAUGAACUUCCAGCAGCGCAAGUGGAGCUUGCAGAAGGAGACGCAGCUCAGCAACUCCAAGCAGGAGGAGCUCACCGAGAACGUGGAGAGGCUCAAGUCGUCCUUGGACAGCUGCCAGGUUUGCAUGAGGAUGGCUGGGUGCAGCAGGGACUUAAAGAAGGAGGUGGACCUUCUCCAGUUCCUGCAGACCAGCCCACCAGUGUCCGGGCUCCAGAAGGUAGCACUGGACAUCGUGCGCGGGGCUCUGUCCUGGCUGGAGGACACUGAACGUCUCCUCCAGGACCUGGGGAUCCAGUUAUCCAGCUCGGACAAAGAUCAAGAUCAGCAGUUCUCAGGAGACACAAAAGAUCUUGCUUCAAGAAAAGCUACAGGAGCAUCUGGCCGAGAAGGAGAAGCUGAACAAGGAAAAGCUACAGCAAGAGGAGCAGCUGAAAGCCAGAAUCAACCUGCUGAUAGAAGAAAAGGUGGUAAGGCUUUGGAGGAAAGCAUUACUCAAGAGAAAAGCCGAGCACAAGAAGCAUUAGCACAAGAACAGAAAAGAGUCCAGGAGCUGGAGAACCUUCUAACCCACCAGAAGGAGGCUUUGGAGGAAAGCAUUACUCAUGAGCAAAGCCGAGCACAAGAAGCAUUAGCGCAAGAACAGAUCAGAGUCCAGGAGCUGGAGAACCUUCUAACCCGCCAGAAGGAGGUUUUGGAGCACAGCCUGGCCCACGAGAAACGAAAAGCAAGGGAAGCCUUAGAGAUGGAGAAACGGAAAGUUCAAAAUCUGGAGAACCACUUAACCCAACAGAAAGAGAUUUCCGAGGGCAGCAUCGCCUACGAAAAGCACAAAGCAAAGGAGGCCCUGGAGAAGGAAAGGAAGCGGGUGCAGGAUCUGGAGAACCACUUAACCAAGCAGAAGGAGGAAAUAGAUUUAAAAGAGCAAAAAGAAGGUGUUUUAAAUAACAAAUUAAAGGACGCACUGGCCAUGGUGGAAGAGACUCAGAAAGCAAAGAUGACGGAGAGUCUGAAAGCAGAGGGCCUCACCAUCAAGCUGAAGGAGACCCUGGCUGAGCUGGAAACCGCCAAGACGAAAAUGGUCAUGAUGGAGGAGCAGAUGCAUCUGCAACAGCAGACAGUGAAGACACUCCAGGAGAAGCAAGAAUCCCAGAAAUAUGAUUUUGAAGAAGAAAUCCGGCAGUACAAAGAACAAAUCAAGCAACACUCACAGACCAUCGUCAGUCUAGAAGAAAGACUCCAAAUAGUGACUGAACACCACAGAAAAAUAGAAGGCGAGAUCGCCACGUUGAAGGACAGCGACCCAGCUCAGAAGGAGGAAACACAGCAGGACCCCCCGGCGGCACCCCAGUCCGUGGACAACACCAAAGAUUCCACAUGCGACCACCUGAUAGCAGAUUUGCUGAUGGCCCAGAAGGAAAUCCUGUCCCAGCAGGAGAUCAUCAUGAGGUUAAGGACGGACCUUACCGAAGCCCACGGCCGAAUGUCGGACCUGAGAGGGGAGCUUUCUGAGAAGCAGAAGAUAGAAUUGGAGCGGAACGUGGCGCUGGUCCAGCAACAAAACAGAGAACUGAAAGCACUCAAGGAAAAGACCGAGCACCUGACCGGCCUGGUGGAAAGGAAGGACCGGGAAAUGCAGGUCCUCAAGGAGGUGGUCAGGGCCUCACAGGAGAAACACCAACCGCAGCCGCACGAGGAGAAGGAGCAGAAGCCCCUGGACAAGGCCCAGACACGAGACAUCUCGGUGCAGAUGGACCCAGUCCAGACCGACGUCUUCUUGACUGGCCCAGAGGAGCAGUCGUUCAGCGCCCUCGGGGCCAAGUGCAAGGGGUCUCGACACGAGGAGGUCAUCCAGCGCCAGAAGAGGGCCUUGUCUGAACUCCGCGUGAGAAUUAAAGAGCUGGAGAAGGCCCGCUCAUCCAAUCAGAAGGACCGCCUGAAUGAAUCGUUUCUCGACUUGAAGUCUCCCAGGAUGGAAAACAACAUCCAGAAAAUAUUGAACACCCAACCUGACCUGCCAAGUCCCUCGAGAACAGAGUUCCAGGCGCCUCAAAAUGGCCUUGCUGACUCAGAGUUCGUCGCGACCCUGGAGAAGUCAGGGAAAAAGGAUGUGAUGGACGCGUUAGAUCUCAGUGAAAAGUUGUACAUGGAUAUGAGCAGAACGCUCGGGACGCUGAUGAACAUCAAAGAGCUGUCGGGCCACGUAUCCAUGAAGCACCUGUCCCCCAAAGAGAGGGAGAAAGUCAACCGCCUCCGGCAGAAGGACCUUGACCUGGUGUUCGAGAAGAUCACCCAGCUCAAGAACCGGCUGGAGAGGAAAGAGGAGCUGUUGAGAGGAUACGAGAAAGACAUCGAGCAGCUCAGGCUAAGCAAAGUGUCGGUCCAGAUGUACCAGUCGCAGGUGGCGAAGCUGGAGGACAGCAUCUACAAGGAGGCGGAAGAGAAGGCCCUGCUCAAGGAGGCCCUGGAGAGCACGGAGCAGCAGCUGUGCCAGGAGAAGAGGCUCAACAGGGCCAUGAGGCAGCAGAAGGUUGGAGCCAGAAAAGUCACCGCAAAGAUGGACCAAGAAAGAGAGACGCUGAAGAAAGAAUCCCCCGGCAAAUCCACCCAGAGCCGUCCGUUUCCUAAGCCUGCUGGAAGGAACUAG